AUGCAGAGUAGGAAAUGGAUCCCAUCAGAUCGUGGCAACGAAUCAACUAGCCAUCUUUUCUCUAGCGUAAACAACAGCGCUAAUAAUAAUUAUGAAAGAGCAAGAUCGAUACAUAAUGUGAAUGGAUUACUCCCGAGUAUAAUAGCACAUAGGAUUAACGAAGAGGAUGAAGAUGAAGAAGAAGAUGCAGAUUUUGAUGACCUUGAUGCAGAUUUACGUCUUGAACAAGAUGACAUUGAUCAAAAGGCACUUUUAUUGUUACAAAGGACAAGAGAACGUAAAAAUUUAUUGAAUGGACAAUUGCCACCGGAAGAAGAUAGAGGAAGAUAUUAUCAAAAUACUAUGAAUGAUGAUAUAGGAUCUGUCAUAAGUGGGAUCAGUGAAUUCAAUAAUGCGGAGGAGGAAUAUUUUGGUGACCAGGCCGGCAAUAUCGAUGAUUAUAAUUUCCAACAUUAUGACGGAGAAGAAGAUAUAUCUUCUCUCGAACAUCCUGAACCAGAACAUAAACAGAUAAGAAGUAGAAAACUGAAUAGUAGAGUCAGUAAACCCUUGAGGAGCCAUGAUCGACAACAUCAAAGAAGGUUAGAAGAAAAAGCCGAGCAAAUCAGAGAAGAUAAAGAAAGAAGAGCCAAAUAUACUCCGAGUACAUUAGCAUUAUAUGAAAUUAGGAAAUACCAAAGAUCAACAGAAUUGCUAAUAUCAAAGAUACCAUUUACAAAAUUAGUUAAAGAGGUGACAGAUCAAUUUACCGUUGAGGAACAACAGUUACAUUGGCAAUCGAUGGCAAUUGUCGCGUUACAAGAGGCUAGUGAAGCCUACUUGGUUGGCCUUCUAGAACAUGCAAAUCUACUUGCAUUACAUGCCAAGAGGAUCACUCUAAUGAGGAAAGACAUACAAUUAGCAAGAAGAAUCAGAGGGCAAUUCAUUUGA